AUGGCCUCCGACAAGCCCGCUCACCGUUUCGACCCCAACUUCACCAAGAAUGUCAUUGAGGGCAUGGGUCCCGCCACCACCCCCCGCAACCGCGAGGUUCUCGGUGCUCUGAUCCGCCACAUCCACGACUUUGCUCGUGAGGUCGAGCUCACCGUCGACGAGUGGAUGGAGGGUGUCAAGUUCGUCAACGCCCUUGGCGAGAUCUACUACACCUCCAACAAGACCCGCAACGAGACCCACCGCAUCUGCGACGUUCUCGGCCUCGAGUCCCUUGUCGAUGAGAUCGCCCACAAGAUCAUCUCCGAGGGCGAGCUCGACCCUACCUCCUCCUCCAUUCUCGGCCCCUUCUGGUCCCCCAACGCUCCCUUCCGUGAGCUCGGUGGUGAGAUCUUCCAGGACGGCGUUCCCCCCAACGGCCGCGUCACCAAGAUGCACGGUGUGAUCCGCGACAUCAUCACCGGCCAGCCCAUCCCCGGCGCCGUCUUCGACAUCUGGCAAGCCUCCGCCAACGGCAAGUACGACUUCCAGGACCCCGAGAACCAGACCCCCAACAACCUCCGUGGCAAGUUCCGCGCCAACGAGAAGGGCGAGUACUGGUUCUACUGCCUCCACCCUACCGCCUACUCCCUCCCCCGCGACGGCCCCUCGUGGCAGCUCCUCUCCCUCAUGGACCGCCACCCCAUGCGCCCCGCCCACAUCCACAUCAUGGUCACCCACCCCGACUACCAGGGCUGCACCACCCAGCUCUACCCCAACGACGACCCCUGGGUCAAGUCCGACACCGUCUUCGCCGUCAAGGACGACCUCGUUGUCGACUUCAAGCCCAUCAAGGAGCAGGACCCCAAGGCCGUCCUCGAGCUCGAGUACAACGUCAACCUUGCUCCCAAGGGCUACAAGGGCAAGAUCUAA